AUUGGUACAACUUCGAAUGAAAUUAAAAUUGUACGACCCAGUUCCUGCCGUUCCUUUUCAGAGAUUUUCCGUAUUUUUUUCGUUUCGCUUCAAAGGAAGGUCUGUACUUUUUCAAACCGUUGAACGCCACCCCGUAAAUCUGAAAUCGCGACGUUUAGUUGAUAAAUAAGUAUCGUCGAAACGCAUGCGCUUUGCCCAUCGAUUAUUUUGAUUGGUGCCAGAUAUUGCCAGGCUCCAGGCUUUCGUGGCAGUUUGCCACGAAACGAAAACGAGCCUCGAAUCUUUUCCGAGCCAGCUAAACCGAUAUGCGAAAAGAAAAAUUCGUUCUGAGUAAAUCGUAGCGUAAAAUGUAGUCGUGCGAGUAGCGGCCACGUCGCGUUGGACAUGAAAAUUUCAUGGUCGAAGAGAAAUUCCCGGUUAGUCCGACGUUUCAACAGAUUUAAAGCGUGUAAUUAAUUGAUCAUUUUUUUUAUUAGAACGUAAGGUGCGAAAUGUUGACCGUGUAACGUAGGAAGGGUAACAGACUCUCACAAAGAAGUCGAAAUUAUUUGAUCAAUGCUUUGUACUUAAAAUCGAACUCGUUUCGCCGAACAAUCUUCCAUUCACAUUUCCGUUUACUCCUGCUAUAAUUUUCUUCAACGAAAUCGAAGGAGAACCUGCAGUGCAGUUUCCUUGUCUCAAGAGGAAAGCAAGGAUGCGAUUGAGAAAGAAACAUGAGCAACGUGAAGCCGACCACGUGCAAAGAAGCGAUUCGACUGUGGGAGGAACAACACCAGGAGGACGCUUCGACCGCCAAAGAAAUGAUUCUCAGCUUCCAGUGGCCGCCCAUAGAGAAGAUGGACAACUCUUUGGCAGUUUUGGUCAACUGCGAGAAGCUCUCUCUUUCCACCAACAUGAUCGAAAAAAUUGCCGGGAUCUCGACGUUGAAGAACUUGAAGAUCCUCGCGUUGGGUCGUAACUUGAUCAAAGGGUUCGCCGGAAUGGAAUCGUUGGGCGAUACUCUGGAGGAACUUUGGAUCUCGUAUAAUUUAAUCGAGAAAAUGAAGGGGAUAAACGCGAUGCGGAACCUCCGCGUACUCUACAUGUCGAAUAAUUUAGUCAGGGAGUGGCAGGAAUUCAACAAGCUGCAGGAGCUCGGCAACCUCAGGGAUUUGGUCUUCGUUGGAAAUCCGCUGUACGAGAACUCGGAGGUGGAAACGUGGAGGGCAGAAGUGGCUAGACGUUUACCUGCUUUAGAGAAAUUGGACGGCGAUCCCAUUAUACGAACCGAAGAAUGCAUAAAUUCAACGAAUAAAGUCGACAGUCCCGUGCAGUCUCAAAGAUCACUGGAUCAGUAGAUCUCCGCUACUUUUUAAUUACGUACAGCUUCGUAUACGUCGUUUAAUUUUAUGUACAAUUUUCGUACACAUGUAAUUCCUAUGUUUUAUACUUUUACGAUCGUUUCUUUUGUACUUGAUUGUAAAACUUCUUGAAAUAUAUAUAUUUUUUUAAUCUA